UCCUCGUAGUGGCGUGUUGGCGUGGUCUGCCCGAUAAACCGCUUUCGUAUCGGCAAGUAUUUGAUUGCAUUGUAUUGUAAGGGCACCGAGGCGGUGGACUCCGUACAGAUAGUGCAGAGAGAAACUUCUUUCGCUUCCCAUCCACAAUGGUGGCAAAUCUGCUCGUCCGCGCGCUGCAGCGACCAGCCGCCCGCGUCGGCAGCUGCUACCGUAGCGGCGGCGCGUGCCGGUACCUCUCCUCCCAAACUGCUUCCACGUUCCCCACUUCGUCGGACGAAGUAGUCGUCGAAAAGCUCACCGGUGAGCGGUCGGGCAUCGCCGUCAUCGGCUUCAACCGACCGAGGGCGAAGAACGCCCUCGGCAAGGUACUCCUCAAGCAGCUCGAGUCGACCCUCGACUGCCUCAAGUACGACGACUCCCUCCGGGUACUCAUCGUGCGGAGUCUCGUGCCGGGCGUCUUCUGCGCCGGUGCCGACCUCAAAGAGCGCGCCGCCAUGCCCGUCCAAGAGGUCGGCCCCUUCGUGGCUCGACUCCGCGGCGCGACCAUCGCCCUGGAAGAGAUGCCCGUGCCGACCAUAGCGGCCAUGGACGGUGCCGCCCUGGGGGGAGGACUGGAGUUUGCCUUGGCCUGCGACCUGAGGGUCGCCUCCAACUCGGCCAAGAUGGGACUUGUGGAGACCACCCUGGCCAUCAUACCGGGCGCCGGGGGCACCCAACGGCUACCCCGAGUCGUCGGCAGGGCCAAGGCCAAGGAACUCAUCUUCACUGGUAGAGUCCUGGACGGCGAACAGGCGGAGGACAUCGGACUGGUCAACUACGUGGUCCAACAGAACAAGGAAGGCGACGCCGCUUUUCAUCGGGCUCUCCAAUUGGCGGAGGAGAUCAGGCCGCAAGGACCUAUCGCCCUGCGGAUGGCCAAGCUGGCCAUCAACAAGGGCAUGGACGUGCCCAUCAGCAACGGACUGGACUACGAGAGGGCGUACUACAUGCAGGUUACGCAGUCGAAGGACAGGGUAGAGGGACUCGCCGCUUUCAAGGAGAAGAGGAAGCCCAACUAUAAGGGAGAGUGACGCGCUAGCUGGGUGCUACAGUGAAUAAAA